CGGGGCCAGGGGGUCCAAAGUGCUCAGACCCCGGGGCACAGCAGGACAUUUGGGGGCCUUCCUUCAGCAGGGGACAGCCUGAUUGGGGGUCAGGCCGCGAGCGGGCGGGCGGCCGAGGGCAGGAGCGCUGGGAUUUCACUGGACACUGCAGGCCGCGGAGGGCAGGAUAAUGGUGUCUCUCAGCCACAUCUUGGUCCUCUGUGUGGGUCUCCUCACCACGGCCAAUGCAGAGGCCCCAAAGGAACACGACCCGUUCACCUACGACUACCAAUCCCUGCGGAUCGGAGGCCUCAUCAUCGCCGGGAUCCUCUUCGUGCUGGGCAUCCUCAUCGUGCUCAGCAAGAGAUGCCGGUGCAAAUUCAACCAGCAGCAGAGGACCGGGGAACCUGAUGAAGAGGAGGGAACUUUCCGCAGCUCCAUCCGCCGUCUGUCCAGCCGCAGGCGGUAGAAACACCUGGCGCGAUGGCACCCUGCCAGGAUUCCCUUGGCACCUGGCGCCUCCCACCCACCGCCUGCGUGCCCACCGCCACCCCCAGCGCCCCCGGCCCCGGCGGUGCGCCCCCAGACCCCGCACGCCGCCCCGACUCCCAAUAAAACGUGCUUUUCUCCCCUGACGGC